AUGAACGAUUCAUCACUUGGCAGCGAGAGAGAUGGUAUAAACUGUUUAAAUUUGGAUGAAGUUCAAGACAGUAAUUAUGAACAACAAAUGCAAGGAGGAGAGAAUGACUCUAAAUUGAUGUUGGGGCACUUGCAGUCUGCUAAGACAGUAGAUGAAAUGGAGGAAAUUCAUAAGGACAAAGGGGAAUUGCCGCCUCAGGUGUAUUCAACCAUCAUGAGAGGUUUUGGUAAGGAGAAGAAAAUGGAUUCUGCAUCAAUUCUUAUGAAUUUGUUGAAGAGGAAAAGGACUGAAACCAAUGGUUCUUUCAGCCCAAAUCUUUUCAUAUAUAAUAGUCUGUUGGGGACAGUCAAACAGUCUCAACAAUUUGCAGAGGUGGAAACAAUUAUGAACGAAAUGGAUCAAACAGGAAUCACUCCUAAAGUUGGGGUCGAGCCAAAUGCAUAUGCCUACACAAUUAUGGCUUCAAUUCAUACUGCCCUGGGAAAUUUUAACAGAGUUGACGACAUCAUUUCCGAGAUGGUAACAUUGGGAAUUGAGCUCACGGUUGUGACAUUCAAUGCAAUAGUCAGUGGCUGUGCACGGGGUGGCAUGAGCAGUGCAGCCUAUGAAUGA